AGCCAGUCCUUCUACUGAAAAGAACUCUCUACAAAGGUCUCCUCCUGCGAUCAUUUCAAACCUUCUACUGAACUUCAACUUCAAGUUCCAGCAGCUUGUGGUUUCUGCUCUCCACACACUCCUCCACUGUGCACCAGGAUGAAGCUCGUCACUCUGGUGCUCCUGCUCUCUGCUCUCUUCUCAUUGACCCUGAUGGAGGUCGUGAAUAAUUUUGACAAGUCUAAGUGCGCCGAGUUCUUCAUCCGAAGCCCAAAUAAGAAAACCAUCAUCACCCCGACGGUGUUUAAGGGGUAUCAGUAUAAGAUGAUUUGUCAGCGCUGGAAAAACAAACAUCAAUUUGCAACACUCUUCGACACAGAGCGGAGAAUCCCAGUCUACUCAGCCUACAGGUUCUUUGGUCAAAUGGAAACUGUGAACCUGUCUCUUUCUGAAAACAUCCGAACUGAAGAGUGGAAGAAUGAACCUCAGCUAGAAAACAUGAAGAACCCAUCGGACAUGAGGGAGAUCUCUGGUGCUGAGAUGGACGGGUUUUUUUUUCAGGCUGUGAACAGAGACUAUAAAGAGAGCAGCAAUUAUACUAAUAUUGCUUAUACUAGAGGUCACGUGUUUCCUAAUCAGUAUGGCGUUAAUCAGGAUCAGGCAGAUUCCACCUUCACCUUUACCAAUGUAGCACCACAAACACAACACAGCAACGGCAGAUGGGCAGAUCAAGUGGAGACACCGAUGAGGAAAGAGAUAAUGGUAGCGUGCAAGCCAGAUUAUGAAAAUCCCACUUAUAUAGUGACUGGAGUGGUUCCAGGUACCAAAUGGAUCUCAAUAAGAAGAACUGAAAGAAACAAACCUAAAACAAUUGACAAAGGCAUUAACAUUCCCAAUUAUUACUGGACUGCUUUCUGUUGCGUCAAAACAGAUGAUGUAAGAUUUUCCAAAGCCUACCUCGCCCUGCAAAACGACCUAAAUAACAAGACUUUUGAAUUAAGUGAGAUGAGCGUUAACAUCCUAAACUCACACCUGACCAGACUGUAUAAACAAGAUUUCAGUGUUUUUGGAGGUUUGUGUUUGACCUGAUAAAGUCCAAUUUAAUUCUCUGGAACUUUCUAGUUAGACCCAAAAAUGCCUUUUUUAAAAACUUCUGCAAAAGAAAAAGAAAAAAAAAAACAUUAAUAGAGCAAUGAUUCUUUAAUAUGAUUUUUUAAUUAUGCUUAGUGCUUUAGGGAUGGUAGACCUGUAUCAGUGAGGAAUGUACGGAAUGUAGAGGCGGGUGUUUUAUUCUCCUGUUGGCACACUUCAGGGCAAUUUAUUACAUUUACACGUCUAUGUAUUAAAGUAUAACACAUGAUCUUUAUCCACUUGUGAUCAUGUUUAAUGUGCUUGAAUCACAUCAUGUGGCAGAAUUACAGAGAAAAAAAAAUCACUGUAACGUAAAUAUAUUCCUAUGUUAUCAAGCUGCAGAUCUUUA